UCUGUGCAUUCCGACACGAGUAGCAACGAAUCGCCGGUUGAGGGGCCAAGAACAAGCGACGAUCGUGUAACUGUUACGUCGAUCACACGUUUCAAUCUACAUUUUGUAAAAUUGUGACAGGAAUCAUGAUGAAGCAUCCACAUUUUCGAUUAAAAGUCGAUUUGUCCAAGUUUUUUCACGAUGCACGUCAAUGCUGUUGGGUUUUUGUCGAUGGAAUAAAAAUCCAGCAGGUUAUGCAUCUCAAACAACACAUCAGUGAACUGUUUAAUAUCGCAGAACCUUUCCAUUUAUUAUUAAAUGAUACCGAAUAUUUGCCACCAGCAGAAGAUGUGCGUUUAUUAGAGAAUAACGAAAUGGUUUUGGUAGUUCCUGGAUCAGGCAUAACUAAUGGGAUUGUUCAUAAAGAGGAAUUAUCUAACGAUUCUUUAAAUAAAGAGACCCAAAUAUGUGAUAUCAAAACAAAAAAAGAUGUAUUCAAUAAGCUGGAUGUAGCUAACAAUAUGUUGGAUAAUACGCAACGAACCUCAAUAAAUAAUACUAGAGAUAUAACAUUCUACAGCGUAAUCGAUGAAGACCAUGCAAUGCUUGAUGAUACAGACCAAGAUACAGAUUCUAAAGUUACAGAUAACAAUUUAACAGAAGAUUGGAAUAGGACAGAAUCUGUUGUAUCUAUUGCAAAAAGAAAACGAGUACGGAAACGAAAGUCAAAAAAUCGAUCUUCAUUCGUAUCACCUUCAGAUACAAAAGAGGAAGAUAAAUUAAAGAAACCAAAAAUCAUAGAUUCCUAUAUUAUUCCUACUGCAAAACAUAUACGAUUUGAUAAUAUCGAAAGCAAAGAGAAUAAUAUUGCGAAACAUAUAGUGCAAGAAACGUCUACGAAUGAAUCUUACGUAAGCAGAACAUCGUCUACAAAAGACCUUUCCAUGCUUUUAUCACUAGGACAAAGCUCCACACCGAUAACAUUUGUGAACAAGAAGAUCAAACAUGACAUUAAAAUGGACACUGAAUUAAAUAAUGGGUCAAAAAAAAAUUUAAAUAAGAUUAUAGAGGAAGAUAUCAGUUUGGAAAAUAAAUUGUGCAAUGAAGAAACUAACAAAAAUUCACAAAGUUUCAAAUACUUUACUCAAAAUAUAGAAGAAGUUCCAAUUAUAACUAGGAAACCACAAGUUAAAGAUAUAAUUGCCUUUAAAACUUUGAAGAUUGCUGCGGAUUAUACACCUCAAAUAUCGAAUUUUAUUGUAACUGAAGUGCUAGAACUAUGUGAAAAGACUGCAACUUAUACUCUUAAAAUACUUUAUGGUAGAGAGGAAGUUCAAGUGCCAUUUGGAAAGUUUACUCUUUCUGAUGAUGAAUCUACAGAUCAACCUGAUAAUAAUAUGUUUCUUCUUAAUUAUGCACAAAUGAAGGAACUUCGUCUAAUUAAAAAACUUUCCUAAUAAUCUUUUACUUGAAAUACUUGUUUCUAUUCUUUAAUUUUACUUGAAAUACUUGUUUCUGUUCUUUAAUUUUAUCUCAUUCUAUUUCGAACGCAACUUGUACUACACGUUUAACAUAUUAAUUUUUAAUUUACUUUUCCUGUGUUUUACACUUAACUUGAUUAUCAACUUUUUGUGUUUUCUCAUACAUUUAUUUUUAGUACUUAUGUUAAUACACAAUUAAUAUUUAAUUUCCUAUUCGAUAUUGAGUUUGUGAUACGAAAAUGUUCUGUUAAACUGUGUAUACGUUACUUUAUAAAUAGAAUAAGUAACUAGUGUUUAUAUUAAAUAAAAUACUAGUCAAUUUUACAUUUAUGAUAUCUUUCAUGCCUAUCUCAGGGAAAAAAAUCAAGAUAAUAGGUGUCUCAUUUUUGUAAGUUACAUCUAUUAUUAAAAAAUUUGAUAAUUUUUAUAUAUAUGGUGUAAACUUUGGAUUAUGGUUUAGCAAUACAUGUGAUUGUUAGGCAAGAAUAUUAAUUUUCUUUUAAGUUAUAAGACCACAUUAAAUUUUUUUAACGGUAAAGUUCUAAAUAUGGUAUUUUUGAUCAGAUGUUUACAAGAUAUAAAUCAGAGCAGAUAAAAACUUUGUGUCACAACAUAUCAACGCACAGAUACUUGUAGCAGAUUGUUAUAAUAAAUAAUAAGCAAUUGAAA